AUGGCCUCCGACGGAAACCCUGUCCGUGAUAUCAAGAACCACCUUCUCUUUGAGAUUGCUACGGAAGUAGCUCAUCGAGUCGGUGGUAUCUACUCGGUUCUCAAGUCCAAGGCUCCAGUGACUACGGCUGAAUAUGGCGAUCGAUACACCCUUAUCGGUCCCCUCAACCACCAAUCGGCCGCAGUCGAGGUCGAAGAGAUGGAGCCCACCAAUAAGGAGCUGGCCGCCACCAUGCAGACCAUGAAGGAUCGCGGAAUUGGCAUGCUCUACGGCCGAUGGCUCAUUGAGGGAGCCCCCAGGGUUCUCUUGAUUGAUACCAAGACGGCUUACAACUUCGUCAACGAGUGGAAGUCGGACCUCUGGUCAGUAGCCAGCAUUCCGUCUCCACCUGAUGACGAAGAGACCAAUGAGGCUGUGGUCUUUGGUUAUCUGGUGGCGUGGUUCCUUGGAGAGUUUGUAUGCCACGAAAAGGAAAAGGCCGUCAUUGCCCACUUCCACGAAUGGCUGGCCGGUGUUGCUCUUCCCCUUACCAAGAAGAGGCGAAUUGAUGUUACGACCAUCUUCACGACUCAUGCCACUCUUCUGGGACGAUAUCUCUGUGCCGGCUCGGUUGAUUUCUACAACAACCUCCAGUUCUUUGAUGUCGAUGCCGAGGCGGGAAAGCGCGGUAUCUACCACCGGUAUUGCAUUGAACGAGCUGCUGCCCAUUCGUGCGACGUCUUUACAACAGUCUCCCACAUCACGGCUUUCGAAUCAGAGCAUCUCCUGAAGCGAAAGCCUGAUGGCGUCUUGCCCAACGGUCUCAAUGUUACCAAGUUCUCGGCGGUUCACGAGUUCCAAAAUCUGCAUCAGCAGGCCAAGGAGAAGAUCCACGACUUCGUCAGAGGCCACUUCUAUGGCCACUACGACUUUGAGCCAGAAAACACACUGUACUUCUUCACUGCCGGGCGCUACGAAUUCAGGAAUAAGGGAGUUGACAUGUUCAUCGAAUCUCUUGCGCGACUCAACCACCGGCUCAAGGCGUCCAACAGCAAGAUGACUGUUGUUGCCUUCAUCAUCAUGCCUGCUCAGACCACAUCACUGACGGUCGAGGCUCUCAAGGGCCAGGCUGUUAUCAAGUCCCUGAAGGAUACCACCAACAUCAUUGAGCAGGCCAUUGGCCGUCGUAUCUUUGAGCGGUCCCUCAAGUGGCACGAGGGCGACCCGAUGCCGGAUGAGAAGGAGCUCAUUUCCGGCCAGGAUCGCGUUCUCCUGCGCCGACGUCUCUUUGCCAUGAAGCGCCAUGGCCUUCCACCGAUUGUGACUCACAACAUGCUCAACGACAGCGAAGACCCCGUGCUGAACCAGAUUCGCCGGGUGCAGCUGUUCAAUCACCCGUCAGACCGUGUCAAGGUCGUGUUCCACCCAGAGUUUUUGAACUCGGCCAACCCCGUGCUGCCCUUGGACUAUGAUGACUUUGUGCGUGGCUGCCACAUGGGUGUUUUCCCAUCAUACUAUGAGCCGUGGGGCUACACCCCAGCUGAGUGCACUGUCAUGGGUGUCCCCAGCAUCACUACCAACCUCUCUGGCUUCGGGUGCUAUAUGGAGGAGCUCAUUGAGAACUCCAGCGACUACGGUAUCUACAUUGUGGACCGGAGAAUGAAGGGAGUCGAGGACUCUGUGAACCAACUGAGCUCCUUCAUGUUUGACUACUGCGGCAAGAGCCGUCGUCAACGUAUUAACCAGAGAAACCGUACUGAGCGGCUCAGCGACCUGCUUGACUGGAAGCGCAUGGGCAUGGAGUACAUCAAGGCCCGCCAGCUCGCCCUCCGACGAGCCUACCCCAACUCAUUCAAUGGAGAUGAAGAGGAAGAGGAGCUGGAAGACUUUAUCCGCGGACCAGAGCAGAAGAUCUCCAGGCCAUUCUCCGUCCCUGGCUCGCCUCGCGAUCGGACUGGCAUGAUGACCCCUGGAGACUUUGCCAGCUUGCAGGAGGGACGAGAAGGCUUGAGCACGGAGGAUUACGUCGCCUGGAAGCUGCCUGAGGAGGAGGACCCCGAAGAAUAUCCCUUCUCGUUGACGCUUCGAACAAAGCAGCCCAGUGAUAUCAGCCCGGAGACCCAGGCCACCCUCAACGGUACUAACUAAAGAAAAAAAGAAAGAAAAAAAAGAGCAAAAUGAGGCGUUUUCCCCAUGAGCAACAUGCGUCCAGAGCCAGCAUUGUUUCGGAUCAAGGACAGUUUUGACAGUGAAUUUUUGUGUGUCAAAUCUUUGAUAUCUGUUUUGUUGUUUCUUCCACUCUUACGACCGAGGUCCAUUGGAAGCAAACAGAUUGGGUAAAUGUGAAACAGAAAAGAAAGAAGAAAAAAAAGAAAGAAGAGCGGAAAGGAAAUCCUUUCGAUCAGGGGACACGUCGACGAGAGUGGAGAGAUGUAGGCUUCGGAUCAAUUGCCGAUUUGAUCAAAGGGGGAGAGAAAAUACCUGUACGUAUGUUGCAUGUUGAAUGAUGAAUACAUACUAUCUUGGU